AUGGCUUAUGCGCUGCUGCAAAACACCACGCAGAUUCUUCGUUUUAGGACGAGCGCGUGGAGGAUAUCCAUGCGAACGCUUACCAAGGGCCAGGAGCUGCCUUAUCCCGAUAAGAUCAAGACAUGGAACUUGACACAUGGCGAAUACUCAGGGAGCGACAACACCGUAUUCUUGUCACAAUGUAGCGCACAGGAGCUGCAUGCGAUGGAUAUACCAUUCGGGAACUUUUUGUUGGAAAAGGCCGCUUUCUUGAGCAUGAACUGCUCCAAGAAACAGCAAGCAAAGAACAUUGGAUCGAAGCUUGUGGUCGUGUAUAUGAAUUUGCGAGAGAGUGGCUAUUUUGGCCAUGCCAUUGACAACGUUCUGCCGCGAGUCUACGCUGUGGUUGGUGGUGCUCGAAGCUCUGGGCACAAGGUAUCAGUGGUGCUGCCGCCCCUGGGCAGACGGUCCAUGAGUGAGAACACAAAAUUGCUUUGCAAGUUUCUAGGUCUCGAGCUGUUGCAGCGGGUUCCUUUGGAGCCUCACCGAGUGGUUGGUGUUAGUGGAGUUGCAGCCUGGAGCUGGGAGCUCCGGCAGGCUUUGCAGCGGGCCAUUUGGACAUCUCCGCUUCUGAAAGCCUCCAAGCCAGCUUUGUGCCAAGGAACUGAGGUCCUGCGCGCAGUAAACGCAACGCCGCAAUCGUGCAUUCCUUGCAACUCCGGCCAGCCUGGAGUGUUCCUGAGCCGACAUGGUGGGACACGCAAUUCGAGGCCAGUUGCAGGUGCAGAGCACCUGGAGGACGUCUUCCGACGGCGUGGCUUUGCAACUUUUGCCGAUGCCAGCGCGGUGCCCUUGCAUCUCUUGGCGCAGGACCUCUACGGUGCCUGCCGGCUGGCUGGUUUUUCAGGCACGGCCAUGGCCAACUUGAUCUUCCUACCACCACAGGCCGCUGUGGCAGAAUUCAAUCCGUAUCUCCUGUAUGCGAAUUACUGGCAGUGGUCCCACGCACUGGGCUUCUGCUACUGCCAAGUGGCCAUUCCGCAAAGCAUCACUGCUGAAGACGCCGCAGCCUGGGCUAGAAAAGCCUUGGCUGAGGCUGAUGAAGUUAGAGGGAAUGGCACCCGGUGA